AUGGAAGCUGGUGGAAUCUUCGAGCUCCGCGUACGCCUUUACUGGUUUCAAGCUUUCUGUACAUCGAGUCUGAAACAAUUUCGUGACUUGGAACGAGUCCACAUUCGCCAAUGUCUCGCGCUCCGUGUAGACCUGAGGAACAGUGAUAUCCCAGGACCUUUUGCGGCAUCGUUUACUCGGUUAUGGCAUAUGAACCACAUUUUAAAAGGUGAUCAGAACCUGGAGUUGAUUCGUCUACACGAGAAGCUAGGCCAUUUUGUCCGUGUGUCCUACGAUGAAGUCAGUGUCAGCCAUCCCGACGCCAUCAGCAAGAUCCUGCUGUCUCCCCUGCACAAGCUGACACUGUUGGAGGGCAACUGGUACAAAAUUCACGCCUUGCCAGAUUACCGCUUCCAAUCCCCCAUGAGCACUACAGACCCCAGAAAGAAGGUUAAAAAGUCGAGGUACAUUGCUGGCGCAUAUAGUGUGUCCAAUGUUGUUCGAUCUGAAGAACAUAUUGAUCGGACAUUUGAGCAGUUUCUGGAGUGGAUGAACCGGUAUGCCAAUGACAAGAAGCCAAUAUAUCUUGAUAAAUUUAUCUCUUACACCACUUUUGAUGUUAUCGGAGAAAUUGUCUUCUCCAAACAGUUCGGCUUUCUUGAACAGGGUAUAGAUAUCGGUGGUGCCAUCAGAAACUCGUUGGCUCUCAAUGCUUACGUCGCAGUUGCCGGAUACUUCAGAUGGAUUAAUGUUCUACUUGUCGCUAAUUCCUUGGUCACAUGGAUGGGUAUUAUGCCUAUGGGUCACCUUUUUAACACUACAGCUGCCGUGUUGGCGAAUCGAGAAAAGAAUCACGAUGUUCGCUACGAUGCUGUGUCAUAUUGGUUCUACCAACAUAGCCAACACCCCGAUAAGCUCACGAUCAGAGAAAUCAACACUCAGGCUCUUGCUGCUGUCGGUGCUGGCUCUGAUACUGUUGCGGCUGGUAUCCAGUCAUUUAUCUAUCACAUGAUACGUCAUCCCAAUGCAUGGGCUCGCGCUCAGACUGAGGUCCAGGAUGCUACCAAAAAGGGUUUGUGUGAAGAUAAUAUCGUUUCUUACGCAGAUGUUCAAGAACUCCCCUACGUACAAGCUUGUGUCAAAGAAGCGCUCCGCAUGUUUGGGCCAGUACCAAUGGGACUUCCAAGAAUAGCCCCCAGGGGCGGCUUGACCUUUGGUGAUCGUACUAUCCCAGAGGGUACAAUUGUAUCUGUGAGCCCUUGGGUUAUUCACCAUUCGAAGGAGUACUGGGGCGAAGAUGCUCAUGAGUUCAACCCCGAUCGGUGGUUAAAGGGUGAUGCAGUGGUGAAAGAGAAGUUCUAG